AUGGAGGGGUGUAACAGUAAAUCAAAAACGGAGGGGUGUAACAGUGAAUGUACAGGGGUCAUUAAGGUUCCAUUCGAAUGUAAAUCUGAUGAUAUCAGUGUAAAUGAACCGGCCGCGGAUGUGAGUGACGAGGAAAGUGAACGUAAGUCCGUUAGUUCCCUUAAAACGAGCAAUGUUGAGGAUGUUCCGCCCAGGGAAGGGGUUUUUAAACGAAUUUGGAAAAGAACAUUGGAACUCAGAAGACGUAUUAAAGAAAACAAAAUCAAGAAGAAGAAGAGCGAGGAAGGAAAAUCAAAAACCGUGAAGGUUAAAAAGGAAAAAAUUAAGAAACCUAAAGAAAUAGUGCAAACGCUCAAUCCCGAGGAGUUUACGGGGGAUAGGAAGUGGUUGUGGGACGAGUUUGAACUGGGCAUAGGAGUCCCUAAGAGAGUGGACACGACACCAUCGACAGCGCUGAGAAACGUACGAUUCCAGAGAUUUAAGAGGUUCGUCCCAGAAUCAUAUUUUUAUAAUGAACCGAAAAAAAGAGAUGCAGUGUUUCUGUCAUCCAAGACACCGAUAAAGAAAUGUAUGUGUCCUCUUAGAGAAUGUUUUUGUAUCGACAAUGAUAUGAAGAAAAAGAAGUGUAUCCCUGGUUGGUGCAGAAUGAAUUUCCUAUCCGGGUAUAUAGAGAUACCGAUAGACAUACCGCGCUUGCAUUUGUUCGAUCUAUGUUGCAGAAGACCAAAAAUUAAUCGUUACGUAGAAAAACUAGAAGCAACGGUGGACAAUUUGAAACCGCCGAUGGGACUUCGUAGCAUGGGGAAAGUGAAUAAAGAAUUUUGCAUAACGAAAUGCAAGAGAUGUCAGGCGAAAGCCGGGUUCCAGCAUUUUCAAUAUGUACCUACUUUUCCUAAGAGUCAUAAAACUAUCUUUGAUGAGAAAAGCAGUCAGCCUCAAGAGGAUGAGGUAGACAAUAAAAAAACAAAUGGACAGAAGAAAAAUAGAAGAAGGGUAGGUCAAAAGAAACUACCUAAAGAACCUACAAAGGAAGAACCAACUGAAAAACAAAAAGAAGAUCAAAUCGAACCCCUAAAGGAAGAAUCAAACAAAGAACAAAAGGAAGAACAAAACGUAGGUCAAGCAGAAAAACAAACAGAUCAAAAGAAAGAAACAAUUGAAGAAAGACCAGAAGAACAAAAGGAGGGACAACAGAAAGAACAAAAAGAAGAUCAAACGGAAAAUAAACUGGAAGAAGCAAAGAAAACACAAGAAGAACAAAAUAAUAAAGAAGAAAACGAGGACGAAAAAAUGGAAGAAACAAUAGAAGAAAAUGAAGAAAGUGAGAACAAAGAAAGUGAAGAAAGAAAGAAAUUACACUGCAACUCGUACUCCUGCACUGUUUGGACUCAGACGGAAUUUGGACCUAAUGGCGAAUUAGACAUAACAACAUUCUCACAUUUAGUAUUUGCAAGCGUCGAAAAAAUUAUUCUGCCUGAUAUAACAGGAACAAAGCUGUACCUAAACCAAUGCAAAUACGUCCCUGAUUGUUCCCCUGUCGAUUCUGAGAUGAUGCUCAGGAAUAUGGAUAAAUUACUGGAUGUAAACGACUUUGGCUCAUUUAUGGGUUGUGACAACGAGACCUGCCCAAAAAUUCAACCAAUAAAACACUCUGAUAUAAGUACAGCUAAAAAUAACCAUAUUAAUUAUGAUAAGGAUAUAUCAGAAGCAAUAAGAGGAAAAGGGAUUAUUUGUACAAAUAAAAUGAAUAAAUGCGAUAACCCUAAUUGUUAUGAUAUUCAUAAUAAUGCUUGUGAAAAUGAAGCAUCUGUAGUGGAAAUUAAUAAAGUAAGCAACGCAAAUGUUAAUACAGUACUAAGAAGUGAUGUUAUUCUAUGUAGUAAUGACAGUGAUGAAAAUUUUAAAAACAAAAUUGUAAUGGAAAGUGAAAGGAAUGAGAGUAGCUUACAAGAAAUCCCAGGAAAUAUGGAGAAUAGUGACAAUAAACAUGAGAAAAUUAGCAGCUGUCACAUUUUAAAUGAAACAAAAGAAAACAAUUCUCAAGAAGGUUUCACAAAAACAGAAGUAACACUAGUUAAACUACCUCCGGAAGAUAAAGACACCGUCCGAAAAAAUACUAAUAGCGAUGAGCUUAAACUAAACAUGUGCCCAAAUGAAGACCCAAAAUUGAUGUCUCAGAUUAGGUUUAUACAAGAAAUAAUUUUAGAUAAUUAUGAAAAUUCGUUGAAUACUAAUACUAAGAUAUUAGACGACAAUCAACAGACUGCUAUCAAAGAUAAUGAAAAUGAAACAGGUUCACUAAAAGAACCUGACAGAGAUCAAGGACUCAAAAGUCAAAAAGAUUCAAAAACAUCGAAAGACAAAGUAGACUCUGCGGAAAAGGUUCUACCAAAAAAGUCGACGUAUACUUUUUCUUCGACAUACAGAUGGCUCAUGGACAAAUUAUUUACAUCCGAACAAAUGAAAAAGAAAUUAUCUGCCAAGUCUUGUACAAACGAUUCCAAGUUAAAACUAAAGAAAUCAGGAAUGAGCGAAAGAGAAGUGUUCUCAAUGAGAUACACCAGCACCGCGAGCAUACAGAAGAACUCUAGUGAGGGAAACAAUUAA